AUGCAUACUUCAACUAUUUUUGACCAAACUGAUCGCUCCGGAACUGCCCCAGCCCUCCGCUACGACGGCGCCAGCCCCGAUGAAUACUUAAGUGAUACAGUUAGCUAUAAUGAUAAUGAUUCUGAUUGUGGAUCAGAUGAUUAUAAUAACUACGAGUCUAAUUAUGGGUCCGAUAAUGAAGAAGCUUCCUGCGCUUCAACCAGCACUACCGAAGCUGUAAAAGAACGAAAGGUUAAUGUGACAUAUACUCUGAGGCAAGAAAACUUCAAUGGCUCUAGUUUAUAUAACGCUUAUGACCGAAGUGAAGUGGAAAAUAAAUUGGUUAUAAAAAUCGACCAAGAUGCCGAUCAUGCCCCAAAAUUUUCUGUUGCCGAAAACAUUUCUGAAGUUUAUGGCUUACCUGGGAUUCAUGAAUGUAUUAAUGGUCAAAAACCUUUAAGAGCAGUGAUUGACAUAGAUGCUUCGCAAAAAGAUAUGGAAACAACUGGUGUUAAGGCGCAAGAAGUAUUCUUUCGAAUCUGCCUAUCUUUCAUAAGAGCAUUGUAUCGAAUUCUUGAUUGUAGCUGGGAGGAUAUUCUCAAUGGAUUAGUAAUCACUACAUCAUCAGACCCUAGCAAGGUUCAACCGCCUCCUAGUUUGGGACUUGAAGUAAGACCUCGGAUGCUUAGUGAAGAAAAAAAUAAUAAUCCACUAAGAAUAAUCGUGGGUCAGGAUGUAUUGCAAAAAUGCGCGAACCUUGUUUUGCAAAAGCAUUCUAACUAUCUUAGGGAUUGGACUAUCGAAGAAAAAGACUCAGAAAACUUCGUAUAUUUCAACUGGAAAGGUCUACUAGAAUGUCCACUAUGUAAACGUAUACAUGACAAGGAUCAGUGGUGGUUCGGCCGUGUAUGCGCUAGCAGUGGGAGGUUCAUCGUAAAAUGUUUUCGGCAGAAUAGUGACGAGCGGGGGGUAGUUUUUGAAUGCGACCCAUCAAUUGCAGAAAAAAUUCAGCAAGAAAAUAAAAAUUCACCGCAAGUCUCUCACAAGGUAAGAGGCCCUGGCUUCCCUAAAGCCUUCGUAAAAAUGCCACCCUGGGUUAAGUAUAAUGAAACCCUUACAGCGACAGAAAUAUAUGAGGAGAGAUAUGUAAGACCAUUACCCAAUGAAGGCGAUAUCUAUGUUGGAUCACCUUGGGAGACAGGAAAAACAUAUGUUCUAGAGCAUCUUACUAUAUCUGAUGACGUGAAUUUGCUAGUAUUAUCCACGCGCCACUCCUAUUCGAAUGCAGUUACUACCAGACUUAAUCUCAAAUCAUAUUGUGAUAUCGAUGGUAAUAUAAAUCUACCUGAUCAUAAGAGGGUAGUGUGUAAGAUAGAAAGCUUACAUCGGAUUACAAAUAAUUGCAAAUGUAAUAAAAAAUGCAAAUGUCUUCCAAUCCAAUAUGACUUGUGGCUUGAUGAAAUAGUGUCUAUAAUUGCUCAAGCACAAAGUCAUCUGGCAGGUCAAUCGAUAGAGAAGUUAUAUAAAUUGAUCCAAGACGCGAGGCGCAUUAUUGUAAUGGAUAAUGACCUAACUGACCUUAACAUUGAAUGGAUUAAGGCCCUUCGAAAGAAUAUACCUCUCUCUAUUAUCCACAAUACUUACCAGCCUCAGAAAGGUAAGACAUUCCGCUUGGCUCCUAAUAAAGAAACAGUAUUAGCUGAACUUUGGGAAUGGGCUAAGCAAAUGUCUUUAUUACCUUUUGAGAAUCGGACAAGCGUAUCGCUCAUCUGUCACCUUAGAAAAGAUGUGCAAGGAAUAGUUCGUGCUCUCAAGACUGAUUUUCCAGAAUUACGGAUCAAGGAAUACCACGGCAAGUCUGAUCCGGUAGAAAAGGCUCAUGACUUCAGCAACGUGGAAGAGUCGUGGAAAGAAGUAGACUUAGUUGCCUAUACAAGCACUUUAAAAAUAGGAGUAUCCUGCACUAAUCCUAAGUUCAGACGGGCAUUCUGUCUUUUUAAUAGCUACAUAGAAACAAAUGCCGGGACGAAUCAGAUGUUAUUUCGCAUGCGGUAUAUUAAGGAUUAUAUAUGUCAUAUUGAGCAGAGAUCUUCUAACGUCCCCAUCACAGAGAAAGGUUUAUUCCAAUGGUUGUUGAAUGCCAAACGGGAAUGUCUCCCCCGGGAACUUCAGAAUAGAGGAAUAUUUCCAGAUAUAGAUUCUAUCAUCAGGAAUAAAGACGUACCAACUGUUCGUUUAUGGACGGCCUAUAUGUUGGAAAGAUUCCGUUCCCAGCACUUAUUUGGUUGGAGGAUAGUUGAUUUUCUCCGAAAUGCGAGUAUGGUAAUUUCUGUCAUCGAACUCAUUCCUAAACCUGAAGAUACUACGAUGUCAUUAUCCCAAACAGUGAAGGCAUGUUCCUCUACCAUUAAAGCAGAGGAGAUAGCAGAUGUAUCUAAUGCUACUAUUGUCGAUCGUGAGACUGCCGAAUUAUUGGAGAAUAAACCAAGGAAGACUUUAGAAGAGAUGCACUCUUUAGACAGGCAUCAUAUUGUAGAAUGUUAUGAGAUCCCACCCGAAUCAUUGACUGAAGAAUUCAUCUCGAAAUAUGGAAAUUUUAAUCAUAUGAAAUGGUUUAGAGCUUAUAGGCAAUUACGAGAUGCUGGCACUGAUAAUGAGACGGCUGUUGAGGCUAUUACCCGUAAAGAUUACAGAGAGGAUAGACUCACAACCGUGAGCAGAGCUGAGAGACAUAGUAUCUGCUUGGAGUUAUUAAGGAAUUGUACACCCGUUAAAGAUAUUGACGAUAGGACACGUUAUAAAGCUAGUGAUGUUAAAACACGCAUGGAAUCCUCUGAGUCGAUAUCAUAUCUCCAGGAUUUAGUACAUAAAAUGGCUCGAGUAUUUGAUAAUACAGAUGCAUCACGUAGUGCUAAAAAAUCAGGAUUAAAAACAAUUCGAGCGAAACUUGGGAAAGAAAUUUAUUGGGAAAAUGGUGAAGAUACUCGGUAUGGAUAUAGUAAACUUCCACCCGAUGAAUUAUUAAUGGAAAAUAUUUUUGAGAGAAAACAAACCAAAGAUACUCCCAGUUCUAAUGUGAAUACUAUACUAAUUGCGAAAGAUAUUCAAAACUUAUUUGAUAUCGCGUAG